CCCAAACAGCCAAAAAUGGUCCCUGAGCUGCUGCUUUGCCUGGGUUUGGGUUGUGCAGGAGCCCUCAGCCCCACGUGCCUGUCAGCUCAGUUCAGGAGGCCCGGGGAUUAUAUCCUGGGAGGGCUCUUCCCGUUUGGGAAGGACACCCUGAACCUGUCGAUGCGCGUGGAGCCCACCCCGGUGGUGUGUGAGAGGUUGCACAUGGAUGGGCUGAUCUGGGCUCUGGGGAUGAAGUUCGCUGUCGAUGAGAUCAACAAUUCCACCUCCCUCCUGCCAGGGGUGACACUGGGCUAUGACAUCUAUGACAGCUGCUUUGAGCCCCUGGUGGCCCUGCAGGCCAGCCUGAUGUUCCUGACCCGGAAUGACACCACAGGCAUUGGAAUUCUGUGCGACUCCACCGACUGCCAGCCCCGCGUGACCGCCGUGAUCGGGCCCCACAAGUCGGAUCUCUCUCUGGUGACAGCCAAACUGUUCAGCACCUUCUUCAUCCCACAGGUGAGCUAUGCAGCCAGCAGUGAGAAGCUCAGCAACUCCGAGCUGUUCCCGUCCUUCUACCGCACCCUCCCCGGUGACAAGAACGUGGUGGAAGCUGUGGUCCAGCUCCUCAACAGGUUUGGGUGGAACUGGAUUGCCACUGUUGCAAGUGAUGAUGAGUAUGGCCAAGGAGCCCAGGAACUCUUCUUAAGCACAGCUGCAGGUAACAACAUCUGCAUUGCCUUCGAGGGCACAAUUCCUACAGACGUGACCGAGCCCAGUGACAAAAAACAACUGGAAGAUGUCAUUAACUUAAUUAAUAGGACCAAAGUCAACAUCGUUGUCCUUUUUGCCUAUAGUCUGUCAGCCCAGGCCCUGAUGGAACAAGCCAUCAAGAUGGGACUGAGCAAGAAAGUCUGGAUUGGCAGCCAAGCCUGGAUGCUGUCUGGCUUACCUACCUCCAUCUCAAAUAUUCAGAGCAUUGGGACAGUCUUAGGCUUUGUGACAAAAACAGGCACAGUCCCUGGCUUCCAGAAGUACGUUGCUGACCUCUUUACCUCUGUUCAGCAGGAUGAAUUUUGCCAGCAGUCCAGAGAACUCAACCGGCUCAUGAGCACCAACGUGCUGGACCUGGAGUGCCAGGAGUGUGACAACAUCUCCCUGGGGGACCUCUCCUUCCUGCUGAGCAUCACCCAGGUGCAGCCUGUGCACAUGGCUGUGUACAGCGUGGCCUAUGCUCUGCACAGAGCCCUGGGGUGCACCUCCAAAGCCUGUCCCAAAACACCCAUCAGAUCCUGGCAGCUGCUGUACUACAUGGACGCUCUCCCGUUCGAGGUGAACGGCCAGAGCUACAGGUUUGAUCAGUCCCACAGCACAAACACUGGCUACAAGCUCAUACUGUGGUCCUGGAAGAAUGGCAUCCUUACCUACCUGCCUGUAGGUGACUAUAAAGAGUCCCUGCACAUCGAGGAGCCUCAGAUCCAGUUUCACACUCCAGAUCAAAAGGCACCCACAUCAGAGUGCUUCAGGCACUGCAAACCAGGACAAAUCAGAAGGGUAAAAGGAUUCAACCUCUGCUGCUAUGACUGCACAGACUGCGCAGAAAACACCUUCUGGAACGGUCCAGACAGCUCCACCUGCACCCCCUGCCUGCAGCAGCAGUGGGCCCCUCCCCAGAGCACGCAGUGCUACGAGCGCAGCGAGAGGUUCCUCUUCUGGGACGAGCCCCUCACCAUUGCCCUGCUGGUCCUGAUGUCCAUCACCAUCCUCCUGACCUGCCUGACAGCUCUGCUCCUCCUGAGGAACCUGCAGACCCCCCUGGUGCAGGCUGCUGGGGCCGAGAGGAGCCUCUUUGCCCUGCUGUGCCUGGCGCUGCUGAGCCUCAGCUGCUGCCUCUACGUGGGGAAGCCCAGUGACACCCACUGUGCCAUGCAGGAGGUGGUCCACGCCCUGUGCCUCAACGGCUGCUUCUCCACCUUCUUCAUCAAGACCCUGGAGAUCACCCUGGUGACAGAGUUCCCCAGCUAUGCCCCCUCCCUGCUGCGCUGGGUGACCCACAGGAGGUCCUGGCUCCUCAUUGCCUUGUGCCUGCUCGUCCAGGGCUUGCUCUGCCUCUGCCACCUCUACCUGGGCCCUGCCUACCUGGCCCCUGACUACAAAUCCCAGCCCACCGAGGUGCUGCUGGUGUGCAGCACCAAGUCCUGGGCGGCCUUUGCCCUCCUGCACAGCCUCAAUGGCUGCCUGGCCCUCCUGUGCUUCCUGGGCACCUUCAUGGUGCAAACGCUGGGCAAGAAGUACAACCUUGCCAGGGGCAUCACCUUUGCCAUCCUCAUCUACUUCGUCGUCUGGAUCUUCUUUGUGGCCAUCUUUGCCACGCUGGGGACAGUCCUCAGGCCUGUCUCUCAGAUUGCCACCAUCCUGAUCAUCAGCCUGGGCAUCCUGGUGACCAACUACGCCCCCAAAUGCUACAUCAUCUUGUUCAAGCCCGAGAUGAACACGGUGGAUUGUUUCCAGAAUUCCAUCCAAGAGGAGCCAGAGGAGGACUCAGCAAACAAACAAUAAACCAGACCCACUCUCACCUUCUCCUCAGUAAAAGCUGGCUGUAUUUUAAUGAGAUAAUUCUGUUUAUGAGCACUCUCUGGCCCCGGGCACAACCACCAGCUGCGAAAGCACAGGGCUCUGCUCAACCAGCUAAAGCCAAAUGCUCCAGAGGAGCAGGUCCAUCCUCUCUGGAAUGGCCUGUUCCAUCCCCCACAAGCAGCCAAAAGCAGGUUCAGUUAAUCAACCAACCUCCAGUAGUGAUAUUUUAUAUGAAUUUCUCUCUCAGCUCUGGCAAUGUGAGCAGGAAGCCUCACCCAGAACACUUCCCUGUAAACACUGCUGCUGAUUUCCCCUUCUAAUUAACUAAAUAACUGCUCCAGAGGUAAAGCCAUGAAUCCUUUCCCAAGCCUUAGAAGAAUUUUCAAAUAUAUCCAACACCAGAGGAAUAAAAAGAACAUUCUGAUAAGUAAGAGCAGCUGUGUGCAGGAUAUAAAGAGCAUUACCCAUUCAAAUUGCAGCUCACUAAUUUGUGUUUCGUUCACAUGUGUUUGCAAAGGACAUGGAAAUCAGGCCCAGGCACAUGGAAAUGAGCAGUGUGCAGAUCACACCACCCCAAGCCAUGGCACAAAGUUCCUCCACCCCAAAAACCACACAAAGAUCACCAAAAACUCCACAUUGCUGCCAAACGGUACCAAGUCACAUCACCAAGAUCUUUUCUUUUCCCCACCUGCUUUAACAAGCAACUAUAUUACUCCUUUUUUUCCCUACAUUAAAGUUUUUCCAUUAUUGCCCUUUUAUUCCCUAUAUUAAAGUUUUUCCAUCUCUCCACUGGGUGCUGUUGCAAAUUAACUCAUCAGUUCAGCUCAAUUAAAGAACUGGAAAAUUAAUCUAAACCAGGAAAUAUUUUCAUUCUUUAAAAAAAAAAAAACAAACAACUUUUUGGUGCACUGCAAAGCUACUUGUCCUAGAUUUUUGUGAACACCUGCAUACAGAAAUACUCCUCUCAGUGUGAUUAAAAAUACCAAAACUCUGACCUGAAGCCUGAAGUCCUUGCUCCUGGAGCCUGCAGCAAGUCUUCAUGAGGAUGUUGUUGCACCUGAGCCUCUCAGUAUUCCUUGCUCCAGGGCUGUGAUUCCAUAGCAGAGAAGCCUUAAGUAGCUUUUGAUCAUCAUCAUUCCAGAAAUAGAGAAGGGAAAAAAAAAAUCCAUUUACCUCUAUUGGCAGCAGCCAGAAAGCCAACUCUGAUCCCAACCAGAGCCAUGACAGGCUGAGUUUUCUUUCAGGGGAGGGAGAGAGGGAGGGAAAAGCAGCUGAUGAGACUUUUCAGUCAGCUCCAGGCACCUGCAGACAACUCACCCUGGGUCAGCUGGGGCCCAUCAGGCCCUGCAGUGAAAGGCUGCAAGAGCACGUCCAAAAUUCUGAUCAUUCCAUAUUCACCUAAAUUUGGAGGAUUUAAUACUCACCUAAAUUCUGAUCAUUUGAUAUUCACCUCACUGGGAAAUGCUGGCUAAAAUGUGUGGUAUUUAAACAAUGUUUGACCCUCCCUUUGCUCUCUGAUCUCUGCCAGCUGGGAAGAGGGAAUCUGCCUCCUCAAGCUGGGGUUGUCCUUUGUAUAUGGAAUGAUUUAGGAUGGAAAAGGCUUUUAAAUCAUUUGAGUGCAACUGAACCCCUCAGACCCUGCAGGGAGCCUGGUGAUUCAUAAUAAACACCCCGUGGUUUAAUGCUUACCAGAGAGUAAAGUGGUAUCCUAAUGAUCCUACCUUGGAGAGUCCAGAAAUGGGGAAUAUUCCCAUGGAACA